GUGGGGGUAGUGAUUAUUGUUGCAUUGUUGUGUGUUCCGCUCGCUGCCCUGGUGCACCAUUUAAUCGCCUUCCUUCUCGUGUGGAUUCAGCAGAAACCCCGUAGUUUGUGUUGUGGUUCUUCCGGGAUUUCGAGAUCAGCUGUUUGGUGACCGCGAAUUUGCAGUGAAAACCGAAGAAGGUCGCACACCGUUACUAGGUUGGUUGGUUGGGUAGGUGGCAAGUGGCAGGUGUGAGAUGCAAAUUGGGCAUCACCUCAAUGCCACCGGAUGAGGUUGGGGCAGUAAGCGAAGCAAGACAACGAAGAAGAAGAUCAGCUCUCAAAAGCCCAACACAACCACCCACCGUACCACCCGAGCAUGUUUUCGCAAUAAUCGUCCGAUUGUACGUUGUGUGUCCGCGGAUCGUCGUCGUUUGUGCCACGGUGUGUGCGCGCGGCUUCCUACGCGAGUGCGUCAUCGCGAGUGGUGACCGUGAAUGUGCUGGCAUUCAAGUGCUGGCGAUGAGAAAGAUUGUGUGAAACUGAUUGUGAUCUGACCAGGAAUCCCGGCCCCCGGUCCUUCGAGACGGGGUCAACGAAGUUAUCGAACCUGGCCUAACGGACGGCUGGACACAGUCGGACAGUGCAAUUCGCUGGAACACCUUUGACCGGAGACAACAGAACGACAACAAUAAUUCGCCCAAGAUGACGAACAUGCGACCACCGAGCAAAAACAUUCUGCUCAAAGUAGUCAUUCUCGGCGAUGGGAACGUUGGCAAAAGCUGCCUCAUGAACCGCUUCGUCUCGAAUUUCUUCGAUGCCAACUCUUUCCAUACGAUCGGGGUAGAGUUCCUGAACAAAGACCUACAAGUGGACCAGGAGCGUUACACACUGCAGAUCUGGGACACUGCUGGCCAGGAGCGGUUUCGAGCGCUGCGUACACCGUUCUACCGCGGUACCGACAUCUGUCUGCUCACGUACGCGAUUGACGAUCGGCAAAGCUUCCGGGCGUUGGUGAGUUGGCGCGACGAGUUCCUCCGGUACUACGACGUCAACCCCGAGCGGUUUCCCUUCAUCGUGGUCGGCACGAAGAACGAUCUGCCGGCGGCACAGCGCCAGGUGACGGCCGACGAGGUGGCCCAAUGGUGCCAGGAGCAUCACGUAGCCGCUUUCAUCGAAACAUCGGCGAAAACGUCGGAAAACGUGGCCACCGCUUUUGCGCUGGCCGUGCAGCAGUGGAAAAAGCUGGAGCGCUGCACCGAGCGGGAACUGCGCGCCCAGGGACAGGAUACUAUCGAUCUGAUGAAGAGCGUUAACCUGAGUGCGAACCGUAAUCGGUUUUGCUGUGUCGGUGGCAGCAACGGUGGACGAACGGCGGCGGCAUCAGGGAUGCAAGAUGAUGAUGAUUAUCCCAACUGAAAGUGGUGCGCUUCAAGUGGGGACAGGUGCUAGGUUUUUAGGUUAGGUUCCAGACAACGCGUUGUCAUAUGUGAUAAGAAUGUUGCGAAGAAACGUUGCGAGGCGCGAAAGGAGACAAAUCAACGACGAAAAUUUCAUUGUGCACUCACACACAAACACAUCUACCGAUGCUGUCGCUCGGCCACCAUCAAGCAGCAAUUGCACGAUCGAUUGAUCGAUGAUCGAUAAUUGGAAUAGAUAGGAAGGAAAGGCAGCCAUCGCUUCAAUGCUGUGUGCUCUAGAGGCGCGGAACACUAUCGCGGUGAUUCUAUUGCCUGAUGCUGCUACUGGUGUAACUGACGUCUCGUCGCCCGCCUGCUUAUGCUCUUUCAUUCGAACCGCCUGCUUGGGCUGGCAUUUUAUUUAUUUGUUUAUUUUCAUUCGUCCUCGAGUGUGGUUUCGCUCGAUCGCGCAAUCAUGUGUGUGGUCCGUAUCUCUUCGUACCUGAUUGAACCGCAUUUAAAUGCUCGAUCACGACCACCCCGUGCUUGCAAAUGCAAUAGAACGAGUGUAGAUUGCGCUCGAUGUGUCGAUCAUUUCUUUCUGUCUUUGUUGUCGAAUCGAAUGGUGCCUGGCAGCUACAAUGCAGCGGUUCUCGUGUGCGAGCGAGCAACCACUUUUCACACUCUUCAGCACUACUCACAGAGCAAUCGUCGAGAUUUUUAAUAUUUUGUAAAAAAGUCCACGGAGCCAACGCGGCCGCCGGUUAGGCAAAUGUUGUAAGCAAUAAUUUAAUGUUGAGUUUAUGUAUAUUAUUAUGUUGUAACACAUUCCACAAAGAUGAAAGACAGCUGCUGACAUGAAGGCUGGCUAUAAUUCCGCUGUUUCCGCGCUGCAUUCGCAAUUCCAAGAGAAGGCUGGUUCCGAUUAUGGAUAAGGGUAGGGGGAAUGCAAAGAAAAGACUAUCGUCGAAUCGAUUUGAAGAAGAGUGAGAGGAACGGUUUUAGGAGGAUUUAGCUAGGGAUAGAUAGUGCGAAAAGGGCAACUAUUUUACUAACAAAGACACAGUAGGAGCAUUUAGCUCACCUGGAACCACCUGGGUGCGUAAGGAUAGGAGGACGAAUAGGUUGCCACAAGGAUUUGGAACAGCUAUUUUGUAUAAGCAUAUUGACGAUUCAUUCAACAGGCAGGCAGGCAGCAAACAAGCAAACAUUCACUUCUACAGAUUCACUUUGUAUAAUAAACACCAAAGUAAAAAAAGUCAACAAA